UACGCAAUAACUACGUAUUGCAUUGCAUGAAGCGAUAGUAUUUAUACCUGUUGUGGCCAUUUUCUUUUCCUUGUGAAGGCGUGUGAUUUAGACAUUUCCGACUUUUUAUUUUCCUCCUUUCUCUGUCUUUUCGGACAACAGAGAGGUGCGAAAUGUACAACGGCAUCGGGCUAACCACCCCUCGGGGUAGCGGGACCAAUGGUUAUGUCCAGCGCAACCUGUCCAGCGUGCGGGCGAAAAGAACCCGGGAUGAGCGAGGGGACAUGCGCGACGAGAAGGACCGCGAACGGUUGGAGAGUCAGCUCAACCGGCAGCCGAACGCCGAUAUCCUGGAGCACCAGAGGAAGAGGCAGCUGGAGGUGAAGUGUGCUGAGCUGCAGGACAUGAUGGAGGAGCAAGGGUACUCAAUGGAGGAGAUUGAGCAGAAGGUGAAUACCUUCCGGAUGAUGCUGCAGGAGAAAGAGGAGCCACCAGCUCCCGUGACGGACAGACCUUCGGUUACGGAGACUCACGCCCUGGCUGCAGCCAAUCAGCAGAAGAAUGACCGGCUGAGGGAGGCAUUCGGCAUCGCCACAGAUUAUGUGGACGGCUCCUCCUUCCACCCUGAGCGUAAGGAGCGAGAGAAGGAGAAGAGGGAGCAAGAGAGACUGGAGAGGGAGAGGCAGCAGCAGCAGAAAUAUAUCCUAGUAGAGGACUCUGACGAAUCAGCCUCCCCUUCUCCACGUAAACAGAGCCGGAAGAAGAAGAGGAAGAAAAACAGGAGAAGAGAGAGCUCAGAGAGUCCCUCCCCUUCUCCUCAUCGUGAAAAGAAGAAAAGUGGAAAGAAGAAAAAGAGGCCAUGUACUGUAGUCAGAGACACUCCCUCAAUCUCCCUCAGUUCUUCAGAUGACAGACACAAGGAAAAAGGGAAGAGGAAGAGGAGUGAAAAUGAAUCCCCUCCUCCAACCAAGCAACAAAGACGCAGGAGCCCCUCCCCGAGCUCAGACCGCAGCCCAUCACCUGUCCCACUGAGAGAGAUGCGAGAGAACCAACCAGCGAGGAGAACUGAUGAAGCAAGGAAGGGGUGGUCCCCGGGCAGGAGGGGGAGGGAACCUGAAGAGAAGAGUCCUCAGAGAUCACGUGUUAGAGAGAGAUCUCCCAGACACCCCAGCUCUCCUGAACGAAGCAGAAGAGCCGAAAAGGAACGAGAGAAAGAAAGGGAGGAGAAGCCCCAGAGAAGACGGCACGACUCCUCAUCUCCGUCUCCCUCCCCAGAACGAGAGAAAGCCAGGCGGCCCAGGAGCAGAGAGAGGGAACGAGCAAGGGACAGAGAAGCAGUUUCACCUAGACCCACUUCAAACAAAGAAAGAGAGAGGGAGAUGGUGCAGGAGAGAGACAGACAGAGAGGGAGGGACAGGGCGGAAUCACCCAGACAGGGUGAGAGAGGUAGGGACAGGGCGGAAUCACCCAGACAGGGUGAGAGAGGGAGGGACAGGGGAGAGUCCCCUAGACAGGGUGACAGAGGACGGUACAGGGCAGAGUCCCCCAGGCAGAGUGACCGAGGGAGACAAAAAGACAGAAAACAGCAGAGGCACUCGUCUGACUCGUCUCCCUCCGUUUCCCCACCACCUCUUGCUAAUGGACGGGAAAGAGAGAGGGAGCGAGAGAGGGAACUAGAGAGAGAGAGGGCAAAGGAGAAAGACAGGGAGCGAGAAAGGGAGAAAGAAAAAGAGAGGGAGAGGGAAAGAGAAAGGAAAGCGGAUAGGGAGAAGGAGAGUCUGGAAAAGCAAAGAAAAGAACGGGAGAGAGAACAAAUGAGCGAAAGCGCUAAAGAGAAAGAAGGGUCACGGCCCAGCAGGCACUCUUCCUCUACCCUUGACCGAUCUGUCCCUUCGGAGGAUCAUUCGCGGAGAGAGCGGGAGGCAGAAAAACAAAUGCAGAAAGGCAGAGAUGCAGAGAGGGAGAGGAAGGAGAAGGAGAUGGAGAUGGAGAGAGAGAAAAAGGAGUCAGAGAAGAGGAAGAAAGGGACGGAGCAGAAGGAGAAAGGGAAGGGCCGAGAACCCGAGAAGAAGGAUAAGAAACGCAAAGCAAAAUCCAGCAGUAGCAGCAGCAGUAGUAGCAGCAGCAGCAGCAGCAGCGGGAGUGAGAGUGACAGCUCCUCCUCUUCCUCCUCUGAUUCAUCCCCCUCUUCCUCCGCAUCAUCCUCCUCAUCCUCAUCCUCCUCGUCCGAUGAGGGCGAGAAGGAACGGCAAAAGAAAAAGCCAGUUAAGGAGAGCCAGAAUUCAGCAAAAAGAGUUCCAUUGUCUCCUUCCCAUUCUUCCGCCUGCUCUCUUCUCUCGCCCUCCUACAAUUCGUCUGCUGUGGCCCCAUCUUCAUCCUCUCCCUCAGCCCAGCCCCGACUCAGACAGAGGAAUGACGGCGGGAGCGAGAGGGAGGUGGAGAACGGAGGGAUGAAGUCCUCAGAGAGGUAUGUAGAGAAGGAGAAAACUAGAGGAACGCAGAGGGAGAGCCUUCCACCCCCGCCGAGCGCAAGUUCGGAUGGGGAUCAAGACACAGGCAGAGGGAGGGAUGCCCGAAAAGAGAUGGAGAGGGGAGGAAGGGGGCGUGGAGGGGAGAGGUACUCUCCCACACAGGGGGAUGACUCCUCCCCCUCACCCGAGAGAGAAAGAAGAGGUGAGAAACUGGAUCCGUCUGCUCACAAACUGCCCUCAAGUGAGGAGAGAGGGAGAAGAGGAAGGGAGCACUACUCCUCAACGGAGAGAGAGCCCUCGCCUUCUCUGGCCAGAGAGGACGAGAGAGAGAGGCUUCGAGUGCAAGGGAGGAGCUCUGAAAAAGAAGAGCGAGAAAGAGAGCUGCUGAGGGAGAGGGGGAAGGAACGCUACACGCCCACAGAGAGAGAGAGUGUAAGUCCGCCCCGCUCUCCUCCUGGGCAGAGAGAGACCGCGGUCAGAGGCAAAGAUCGGUAUUCUCCUACUGACAAUGAGAGGGACAGAGAGGCAAAGAGGAAGGCCCCGUCCCGCUCUCCCUAUCAGGAGAGGGCCUCGGAGCAGGAGGGGAGUUCCAGGGCCAGUUUAGAAAGUGAGAGGAAGAGUGGUCGGGGAACGGAGAGAUACAGUCCCACUGAGGAAGACAGGGAGUCCUCACCCCCUGCCCCAAGACAGAGAGAGACGUCGGAGAAAGAGAGCAGAGGCGGGAGAGAGAGGGAGAGAGCGCAGGACAAAAGGGCAGGAGCGUCACGUUCUCCCAAAGCUGGCGAAAGGGGACGAGACCGAGGCGCCUCUCCCAGAUCCACGCAGAGGGACAAGGAGGCCCGAGUCCGCCGCGGUUCCCGCUCCCCCUCCGCCUCGCCCCCACGGCGCACCCCUCCCUUGCAGUACCAGGACCCCCCUGGCUCCCUGCGUCGUUCCUCCCGCUCUCCCAGCCCCAGGCGGGUGUCGCGGAGGGGCGCGCACCCUCGAUCUCCUGCCCGUCAUCUGUCACGCAGCGACAGGGACCCGGACAGAGAAAGGGAGAGGGACAGAGAGAGGGACCGGGACAGAAGAUACUCUCCAGUGCCAUACAGGAAUAGGGACAGGGAGAGGGACAGAGAGAGGGAUCGAUCCAGGGAGAGAAGACCAAGGAGAAGCCGAUCAAGGAGUCCAAGGAGACGGAGCCCCCUUUAUAGGUCGCGUCGCUCUCCUUCUCCCCUGCGCCGGAGAAGAAGCAGCCGCUCCCUGUCCAGGGAAAGAGAAAGGGACCGGGAACGAGAGAGGGAGCGGAACAGGGAGCGAGACCGGGACCGAGGCAGAGAGAGGGAGCGAGAAAGAGAGAGAGAAAGGAGAGUCCGGACGCCGCCGAAGGAUGCCCCAGCUCGUUCUUCAUCUUCCUCCUCCACCAGCUCCUCUUCUAGUUCGUCGUCUUCGUCAUCUUCGUCUUCAGAGUCCCCCCGAGAGAAAGAGAAGGGGUCAGAGGAGAAAGAAGGGAGGAAGGUGGUUGAAAAUGAGAAAGGGAGAGAGAUGGAGAGAGAGGGAAGGGGUGAAAGAGAGGAAAGGCAAGAGAGAGACCGAGAGGUGGAGAAGAGGAUGAGAAGGGGGUCUGCUUCACCUGCGUCUUCAUCUAAGUUGAGAGUUCCACAGGGGUCUGCCUCUCCAUCUGACCAGUCAGAACGCAGAUUGCAGGCCAAGGAUUCAGAGGGUUCCAGAUCCCCUGCUGUCAGCCAAGCAGAAGCCAGAGAGUCACAGAGAGUAACACAAAGUAAUAAACCAAUCUCAAGUAGUUCUGGACAUUCUGCCAGCCAGACAACAGGCCAGCUGCAGAGCCAGGCUGAAAAAGCUCUGAAUGGACAGCCAGAGAGGGAGGGACCUGUGAAACAGCCUUCGAAAGACAAGAGCAGCUCCAGUUCUUCAUCAUCCUCAUCAUCCUCGUCGUCAUCUUCCUCCUCUUCGUCUUCAUCAGACAGUUCAGAGUCUGAGACGGAGGAUAAAGAGAAGGGCAAUGCGGCAGUGAGGCGCUCUUCAUCUUCAUCAUCGUCCUCUACUGAAAGUGAGAAAGAAGAUAAGAAGGAGAGCCCACCCCGCCCUCGAAGGGUUCCUGCUGAUUCGUUGAGAGACUCUAGAUCCCUCAGUUACUCCCCCCCAAUGAGACGACGACGGCCUGCACAGUCCCCGCCCACAAACAGGAGCAGGAAAUCACAAAGCAGAUCACCAACCCGAAAAAGGAGGAAAUAAUCCAGUUUCACUUCUCAGAAAUGUGUCCCCCGUUCUCCUCAGUGAUGUGGCUUAAAUACUGUAUGCUGCAGUUAGCUGGACUGUACCAUCCGGAGCACAAGGGGACAUCAAAUUGGUGACAGUAGAGUGAGAACAUUGAUAUGUGUUGGAAAAGAGCAGGAUGAAACAGCUGAUUUUUGUUAAGAGUGAGGAUAGUGUACAAAAGGGGGAAGAACAGACCCGAAAACCUCCUGUCAUUUGUUUUCGGGGUUAUUUGUUUUGUUUUUUAAAGGGUUUGGUCAAUGUAUUUUUACUGUGGUGUUGAGCAAGGAGGUAAUAAGAGCGAUGAAGAGAAAGAUGAACAUACUGUCAGACUUAUUGCUGUAUGUUCUUACUCGGUGUUCACCUACAGACGGAAACACAACUGAAUACAUUGGCUGUAUGUGAGGUAGACAUGUGGACAUUUUGCUGAAAAGAAAUUCACACUGUACCUUAUACCUUCAGAUUCUUUAAAAAAAUAUAAAUAUGGCUUCUCUAAUUUGUUUAUCACUGUAUGGAGGAGGUGCAGUUGCGAUGUCUGUGAAUAGACUUCUUGAGUCCCGUUUUUUCCUUUUUUUGCUUUGUGAACAUAUUAAAUAAAAACGGCAAUUGU